AUGCCACCAAAAAGCAGUACACCUAUUGGUGGAAAAAAGGGGAUGCCUACUCCUGAAGCUACACCUGGAAGAGAAAAUGAAGAAAACGAACAAGUAGGCAGUGAGCAAGAAGACGUGGCUCAAGAUGAGGAGUUGAACGAGGAGGAAGAGGAUGGAGAGGGUGGAGAGGAUGGAGGAGAGGGAGAAGGAGAGCAUGGACAAGAAGAAACUGGUGCCGAAGCCACUACUGACGAAAACGAAGGCGGCCAAGAAGAGAUCCAAGAAGCAGAAGAUCCCCAAAAAGAAGUAGAAGAAAGCGAAGACACAGCCGUCCAAAACGAACCCGAACCACCAAUCCUUGAACCCGAAAAGAAAAAAAAGAAGCACCGUCGUCGUAAAUUCAAGGAGCCUGAGCCAGAAGAGGAAGAAGAGGAAGAAGAAGAAGAAGCUCCUGCUCGUAAACCCCGUCGCAAGCGUCGCGAUCGUCCUCAAUUCCUCGAAAAAGAUGAUGGGAACGAUUAUAAACAAAUGAUGCGACAACAGCAACAACAACACGAACAACAAAUGCAAAUGAUGCAACAACAACAACAACAACAGCAACAAGGUAGUGCUGUUGCGAAGGAUCAAGGCAAACAACCUUUGAAGUUGAGAUUGGAUGUAAAUCUCGAAAUUGAGAUUGAGUUGAAGGCUAAAAUUCAUGGUGAUUUGACUUUGGCAUUAUUGUAUGUUUACCCCCAUUUCAUUUUCCAAUAUUCCUCCCUUCCUCCCUUCCUCCCUUCCUCCCUCCCUUCCCAGCUAGCAAGUGCAAAUUCCCAGUCGGUUGUUUUACUCACGACGUAA